CGGGGCUCAUUGGUUCCUCCACCGUCAGUCACACGGCCCGCGGGCUCAGGAGGCGGGCUCAGCAGGCUCCUGGACAUGGCGGAAGGCGGAGGCUGGCAGCCACCACGCCCGUGUGAGGCCUACCGAGCGGAGUGGGAGCUGUGCCGCAGCGCCGGGCACUUCCUGCACCAUUACUACGUCCACGGGGAGAGGCCGGCCUGCGGGCAGUGGGGACGCGACCUGGCCAGCUGCCGCGAGUGGGAGGAGCGCCGCAGCGCCGAGGCCCAGCGGUCCCUCUGUGAAAGUGAGCGGGCGAGAGUCCGGGCUGCGCAAAAGCACCCCGUAGUGUGGACCCCCAGGCGGAGUCCCCCCACAGACUGGCACCUCCCUCUGCCUCAGGACAAGGAUGGGUGACACCCUCACAACUUUCUCCGCGGGACCGGCCUCAGCAGUCUGGUGGGUCCCUCCAGACACCAGAGCCCUGUCUCUAGCCUCACCCAUCCUCAUUUGUGUUCAGGGGGCCCGGCUUCUGCCCCCAGGAAGACAAGCACCACCACAUCUCCCUUUGGGCAAUGUGGCCAAGCCUGGGAACAGCAGCACAGGUGGUGGUUCUCCUGAGGUCUGGACUUCUCAGGCUGCUGGCCUGACCAUGGUUUGGUAAUGGCCACUCCCUCAGCUCCUUUGCAGUUGCGGGUAGGCUGGUAUUGCCUCCUCAGAUGAUGAAUAGGCCCCUUGGCCAUGGACUUUGCUCCAGAACACACAGUCUUGUGUUAAAAGGAUUCAUGGACUCUUGGCUUAAGACACCCAAGCCCAAAACACAUGGAAUUUUAGUCUCCUUCCUUCUGAAUUCCCCUGGUCAUUUUUAGAGUAUGGAAUAUAUCAAAAGACAUUUCACACGUGAUUCCCAAUAGCUGAAAAUUAAUCCACAGUUAAAUUGUUGAAAUGGUUAGAUUUGGUACCUGACACUGUUGUGCUCUGGCAGUAUUAGAUUUUUGUAUGCUUAGAUGUUUUUUGUUGUUGUUGUUGUUGUCUUUUUGCCAUUUCUUGGGCCGCUCCCACAGCAUAUGGAGGUUCCUAGGCUAGGGGUCUAAUCGGAGCUGUAGCUGCCAGCCUCCGUCAGAGCCAGAGCAACGCGGGAUCCGAGCCGCAUCUGCGACCUACACCACAGCUCAUGGCAACGCCGGAUCGUUAACCCACUGAGCAAGGGCAGGGAUCGAACCCACAACCUCAUGGUUCCUAGUUGGAUUCUUUAACCACUGCGCCAUGACAGGAACUCCCUGCUUAGAUGUUUUUAAAUAUGUAUGUAUUUGAACCAACAAGAGCUCUAGGGAUUUUUUUGUUUUGUUUUCCUUUUAUGGCCGCACAUGAGGCAUAUGGAAGUUCCCAGGCUUUGGGUCGAAUUGGAGCCACAGCUGCAGGCCUACACCACAGCCACACCUAUACCACAGCCUUCAGCAAAGCUGAAUCCUUAAACCAGUGAGUGAGACCAGGGAUCGAACCCAUAUCCUCAGAGAGGCAGUGUCGACUUCUUAACUCACUGAGCCACAAAGGAAUUCUGAGAGUUCUAGUUCCUCAGAUGGUCUCUUCAUUACUAAUAAAAUGAUUUUCCUCUCUGGCUCCUUAGCAGGCCCCACUGUGUGCUGCUGCGGGCCAGGCCUGCUGCAUCUUGGUGCCUCCCUCAGGACUGGACCAUGGGGGUAGGUCAGACAUGAUGUAACUCGUUCCAUGGGGCAAAAUAAUCCAUCACUUCAGAAGGCCGUACAUUAAAGAAUAAAAUUUCCCAUUGUGUGUUUUCUCCUAUGCACCCUGAGAAUCCUCUGUGACUUGUGUGUGUACCUGUGAGUGGUGGGGUGUGGUGCACAGAGGACUCUGGAGCAGAGUUGAGUAUAAAGACCAGGAUCCCCCCAUCCCAGGGGAGGUCCCCGAUGUGUCUGAGGCAAAUGUGUCUGAAGUUCAUCCAUGGUGGCUGUGGCUGCCUUUCUGGGCGAGAAGGAAGAGGGCAGGUUGCCAGAGCUCUGAGUCCUCUGAAACAGGCUGCAGAGCUCUUCUUGCAGUUGGCACCUUGCCUGGAACUGCAGCAGUUGGUUUCCUGGGGUGGUAGCCAGGGCAGUGGUCCUAAGGGCUGUUUGUGCUCCCACCACUGCUUAUUUGGGGCCAUGGUGCCUGCCGUGAGGGCUCUCCCUCUUCCAAGACUCAGUGAGGUCCACCCCUCACAUCUGCACACUCGCUGGGCACGACUGGAGGCUCUGUACCACAGGCUUGAAACAGACAAGUGGCCUCUGAGUCCAGUUGAGUUCUGGGGGCAGAUGUGAAAAUUCACAUGUCAGCUGUGAAGAAAACGGACAAAAUGACAAGGAAGAGAGGCAUCUUGCAAAACCUGGGACAAUGCCCACAGUAAUAAGUGUUUACGUUGUGACCAUAUUCGUCCUGUUGCUUAUAGUUCAUGUCACUGAGACAGGCUUCAGGAAACAGCACUCACCUGCUGCGGCGGCUCAGACUCCAAGAAUCUCACAGGACACAUGCUGCAUCAGUGGGGAUGGUUGUGAGGCCAGGGGUGGGGCGUGGGAGGAAGCGUCCUGUGGUGCCUGGACCUUGGGGGCGGGUUCCAUGUGGCUGCACUGUGAUGCAGCACACAUGAUUAUACACAAUGUCGGAGUCUGGACAUGCUCUGGCUGCAGGGCCUGCCUGGGUGCUGACACCACAGGCUGUGUAAGAUGUGAUGCUGGGGAGGCAGGGAACCACAUGGCACCUCCCUUCAUGUUGAUUUCCAACCUCCUGUCAAUCCACGAUUACUUCUAAAUAAAAGGUUAAAAUAA